AUGAUUAAUUUCAAAGCGUCUUGGAAGUUGUCUUUCUUAUUCAUUGUAAAUUUUUCUGUUGCAGACGAUGAUGAGAAGCUGAGGGAAGAACUCAAAGAUUUGAUUGAUGACAAUCCCAUCGAUGAAGAUGAAAGUGAAGGGGAGGAUUCGGACGCAUCAGGGGGGUCGAAAAAACGGAAAAAAAGUGAUGAUGAAGACUUUGACGACCGAUUGGAAGAUGAGGAUUAUGAUUUGCUGGAGGAGAACUUGGGCGUCAAAGUCGAAAGAAAGAAAAGAUUCAAAAGACUGAAGAGAAUAGAAGAGGAUGAGUCCGGCAAUGAAGAUGCAGAUGCCGAUGAAGGGGAGGAACGUGAUGCAAUUGCCAACGAAUUGUUUGAAGGCUCUGACCACGAAGUGGAUGAUAGGGAUGAUGAUCACGAAUCUGAACAAAUACACCGUUCGGAAGCGGACAACUAUGAGGGCGAGGGUGAAGAGGACUCUGAGGAUGAUUACUUCAUCGUGGAUGAUGAUGGCAGACCUAUCGCUGAAAAACGGAAGAAAAGAAAACCCAUAUUUAGUGAUGCAGCCCUACAAGAGGCACAAGAUAUUUUCGGUGUGGACUUCGACUAUGAGGAGUUUGACAAGUAUGGGGAAGAGGACUACGAUGAGGAUGAUGAGGAUGAAGAUGAGUAUGCAGAUGAAGAAGGAUUGGAGGACACAGAACGAAGGAGAAAGCCAAAGAAAGCAGCCAAAAAGAAGCAGACUAGGAAAUCAAUAUUUGAAAUUUAUGAACCCAGUGAAUUGAAGAGAGGUCAUUUCACAGAUCUGGAUAAUGAGAUACGUAACACCGACGUACCGGAGAGGAUGCAGUUGCGGGAUAUCCCGGUGACUCCAACUACAGAAGGCUCGGAUGAGCUGGACAAGGAGGCUGACUGGAUAUACAAGCAAGCCUUCUGCAAGACUACUAUCUCCAGCCAGGACAUGCCGACGGAAGUCCGAGACAGGCAGAGACGUGGGCCGCAGAUGGUCGGCAAGAUCAAGAAGGCAUUAGAUUUCAUGCGGAACCAGCACCUGGAGGUACCCUUUAUCGCCUUCUACCGCAAGGAGUAUGUGCAACCAGAGUUGACUAUCAAUGAUCUCUGGCGUGUUUACAAGUUUGAUGCUAAGUGGUGCCAACUGAGGAGUCGUAAGCUAACGCUGAUCAGCCUGUUUGAAAAGAUGAGGGAUUACCAGGCAGAACAACUAAUGAAAGAUCUGGAUGCAACUAUACCCGAUGGUGUGCGAAUUGUCAGGGAUGAAGACAUUGACAGGUUACGAGCAGUGCAGACAACCGAGGAGCUGAAGGAUGUUCACCUCCACUUUCUGCUGUAUUACGGCCACGAGGUGCCAGCGAUGCAGGAGGCUGUGAGAGCCAAGGAGAGGGCGAUUGAAGCGGAGGCACGUAGAGCGCGGCGUAGGGAGGAGCAGGGGGAGGAUGGAGGCGAGGAUGAUGUGGAAGAAGUGGACCCUCCUGCACCUCCGCCCGACACAGUCAAACAAGCUGUCCGCUCCGGCCCCUAUGCCAUGUGUCGCAAGGCUGGUAUAGAUGCAUUCGCCAAGAGGUUUGGUCUGACUCCUGACCAGUUUGGCGAGAACCUCCGUGACAACUACCAGAGGCAUGAGGUGGAACAGGAGUCUGUGGCCCCUCUGGAACUGGCAAAGGAAUACGUUUCCAGCAAGUUUGUGACACCUGAAGAUGCAUUGCGUGCAGCAAAGUACAUGGUCGCAAUGCAGAUUGCACGUGAUCCCCUUGUGCGCAAUUGUGUGAGAGAAACUUUCUUUGAGAGGGCAAAAAUAGAUAUUUCACCAACCAAAAGAGGAUUGAAAGAAAUCGAUGAAAACCAUCCUUGUUACAGUUUGAAAUAUGUGAAAGGGAAGCCGGUGCGUGAUCUCACUGCUGAUAUGUUUUUGAAACUGACGAUAGCAGAGAGUGAUAAGCUGAUAACGAUGGCCAUCAGUGACCACAUCGAGGGUAUCACAACUAACUCUUACUUGGAGGAAGCCAAACAACUGUAUUAUAAGGACGAGUUCAGCAAAAACGUCCAGGACUGGAAUACGUUGCGUGUGGAGUGUGUGGAGACUGCCCUACGUAAGAUGUUGUUGCCUGAUCUCAAGAAAGAACUGCGCAUGCACUUGCUGGACGAGGCCAAGGAGAGUGUGUUGAAGGCGUGUUGCCGCAAGCUGUACAACUGGAUCAAGGUGGCGCCUCUCACCGUCGACUUUGGUGAUGAAGAUGACGAAGAAUGGGACACCAGCAAGGGACUGCGGAUGAUGGCUAUUGCAUAUGUUCCGGACUACUCACAAGCUGCAUUCGCUUGUCUGAUUGCUCCAGAUGGAGAAUGUACAGACCACCUGCGACUUCCACAUCUACUCAAACGCAAGAACUCCUAUAGGGAAGACGAGAAAAUACUUAAGGAAGCUGACUUGCUAGCCUUGCGCAACUUCAUAUUGACCAAGAAACCGCACGCGGUGGUGGUGGGAGGAGAGUCACGAGAUGCCAUCAUGGUGUCUACGGAUAUCAAGGACAUUGUCAACACCCUUGUGGAGGACGAGCAGUUCCCUCAGAUACCAUGCGAGAUCAUGGACAACGAGUUCGCCAAGGUCUACGCCAACUCAAUCAAAGGCGAGAACGACUUCAGGGACUACCCUAUGCUUCUGCGACAGGCGAUAUCUCUGGCUCGCAGGAUGCAAGACCCACUCGUGGAGUUUUCACAGCUAUGUACAUCGGACGAGGAGAUAAUGUGUCUACGCUACCACCCGCUGCAGGAUCAUCUAAACCGGGACGAACUGCUGGAAGCAUUGAACCUGGAGUUUGUAAACCGCACAAACGAAGUUGGUGUCGACAUAAAUGCUAUAGUGGCGAACGUGUACAGCGGCAACCUGGUGCAGUUUGUGUGCGGGUUGGGGCCGCGUAAGGGAGCUGCUCUCAUCAAACUUCUCAAACAGACAAACCAGAGGCUGGAGAACCGGACACAACUUGUCACCGCAUGUCACAUGGGUCCCAAUGUCUUCAUCAACUGCGUCGGCUUCAUCAAGAUAGACACCAAUGCCUUGGGCGACAGUACUGAGGCAUAUGUGGAGGUGUUAGACGGCUCACGAGUGCACCCCCAGACAUACGAGUGGGCCCGGAAGAUGGCCGUGGAUGCACUUGAGUAUGAUGAUGAGGAUGCCAACCCUGCAGGAGCCCUGGAAGAGAUUCUGGAGGCUCCAGAGCGACUGAAGGACUUGGACUUGGAUGCUUUUGCUGAAGAAUUAGAGAGACAGGGCUUUGGCAACAAAAGCAUCACACUGUACGACAUCAGAGCCGAGUUGAAUCACCGCUACAAGGAUCUCAGGCAGCCUUACCAACCUCCCAACUCAAUGGAAAUGUUCAACAUGCUCACACACGAGUCGCCAGAAACUUUCUACAUCGGGAAGAUGAUCCAAGCCACGGUCACAGGAAUCACGCACAGAAAACCGGAGGGUGACCAGCUAGAUCAGGCGAACCCUGUCAGGAAAGAGGAUACAGGGUUGUGGCAGUGUCCGUUCUGUCUUAAAAACGACUUUCCCGAGCUCUCAGAGGUAUGGAACCAUUUCGACGCGGGAGGAUGUCCAGGCCAGGCAACUGGCGUGAGGAUACGGCUGGACAACGGCAUCACCGGUUACAUCCACAUCAAGAAUCUGUCAGACAAGCACGUGACAGACCCUGAGGAGAGGGUGAGUCGGGGGCAGAUGAUACACUGUCGUAUCACCAAGAUAGACGUAGAGCGGUUCUCCAUAGACGCCACCUCUAAGAGCUCAGAUCUCCUCGACAAGAACCAUGAAUGGAGACCUCCAAAAGAUCCAUUUUAUGACCAUGAGGCUGAGGCGAAGGACAUCAAAGUUGAGGAGGAUGCUAAGAAGAUAAAGCAGCGACAGACGUAUAUCAAAAGGGUCAUAGUGCACCCUGCAUUCCACAACAUUUCCUUUGUAGAGGCAGAGAAGAUCAUGGCUAAUAUGGAACAGGGAGAGUGCAUAAUACGACCUUCCAGUAAGGGAGCUGAUCACCUGACGGUGACAUGGAAGGUGGCGGACGGGAUCUACCAGCACAUCGACGUGCGUGAAGAGAACAAGGAGAAUGCUUUCUCACUUGGCCAGUCGUUGUGGAUUGGCAACGAAGAGUUUGAGGAUCUGGACGAGAUCAUCGCCAGGCAUGUCAACCCCAUGGCGGCGCACGCUAGAGACCUGUUCUCAUUCCGCUACUACAAGGAUACUGAAGGCGGUCUUAAAGAUAAGGCAGAAGAGUUCCUAAAGGAGGAGAAGAAGAAGAAUCCUCAGAAAAUACACUAUAUUAUAUCUGUCUCUAAGAACUACCCAGGAAAAUUUCUGUUGUCAUACCUACCUCGGAACCGUUGUAAACACGAACUGAUCACGGUCACACCGGAUGGUUUCCGGUUCAGAGGGCAGACGUUCGAUACAGUCGGGAUGUGCUUCAAGUGGUUCAAAGAACACUUUAGGGAUCCCAUUCCGGGCACUCCUAGCACUCCCAGGUCCGGGUUGACAACGAACCGAGCGACCACACCUCACCAUCCGUUCACUCCAAAUGUCAACAUCAACAUGAAUCCAGAGACUCUGCACAGGGUGGCUCAAAACAUGAACCCUCACAUGUUGCACAACCUGGCUCAGGUGGCCAGCCAGACUCCCCACUACCCCACCACCCCCGGUGGCUACACCAUGCCCACCUACCCCAACACUCCGUAUACACCAACAGCCCAGACGCCGUUCAUGACACCGUACCACACGCCCCACCAUGUGACACAGACUCCGCGGUACGGCAGCCAGACCCCCAUGGGGCCUCCUGCCGCUGCACCUGUGUUCAUGCACACCCCCAGCCAUCGCACUACACCGUCCCCCUCGCCAACGCCCCCCCAACAGCAGUUCGCUAGGUCCGUCACUGGGAGCAACAUGCCGUCAGACCCUAUGGACUGGCGCAAGGCAGCUGAGGAGUGGGCGAGGCUGAAGCAGCGAGAGAACGCCAACUUAACACCUCGUAGCGGAACACCUCGCCAGGGAGGGUCAACGCCAAGCAGAUACGAGGACCGAAGAGGCACGCCACGCAACAACCAGACUACCCGGUCCCCACGCGGUCCUCCCUACAAGCCUUCCCCUCACCACGGUUACGAGCAGUCACCACGUGGGUACGAUAAUACCAAGUCCCCACGACAGCUGCCAGGGUCAGGACCAUAUGACCCCUUCGGCCUAGGCACCAAGUCCCCACGCUACACGGCGUCACCCCGGUCCACUCCCCGUACCAUCAACAGUCCCCGUUCAAUGAUAGAGAGCUCUAUUGGUGACGCCACCCCACUCUACGAUGAGAAUUAAAUAAAGUCAUUUUAUUAUCUACGUGAAAAUGAAGCUGGUCUGCAAUCCAUAAGGAAAACUCUCGAACAAUUUUUAGGAACUUUUAUUUUAUAUGGCAUAUUUCACGCUGAUAAUAGAAUGUAUUGUAAUUACAUUUACUGUUUAAAUAUAAAAUACCAUGUAUUUAUAAGAUUUUUUCUUUCAGUUUAAUAUAACAACAUUUAUUAAAUAUUUUAAAUUAUUUAUACGAUAUAUAUAUAUAAUGGUAAUUAAAGGUUUUUGUGUAUCAUGUUUUUUAACUGUUGUUAUAAUGCUGACUAAUUUGUUUUGCAGUCCUUGUAAAUAUCUAUGAAUAAAGGUUUUAUUUAUAAAAAA